AUGGGUGACCGCGGCGUCUUCGUCGGGAUGUGGAUGAACGGACACACAGUGCGCACGAUAGCUCAAGACACAGGCAGCAGCUUGACCACGGUUUUUGUUGAUAAAGGCUCUGACCUUAGCCAGUCUGUUGUUGAUAAAGGCUCUGACCUUAGCCAGGUUGUUGUUGAUAAAGGAUCUGACCUUAGCCAGUCUGUUAUUGAUAAAGGCUCUGACCUUAGUAAAUCUGUUGUUGAUAAAGGCUCUGACCUUAGCCAAUCUGUUGUUGAUAAUGGCUCUGACCUUAGCCAGUCAGUUGUUGAUAAUGGCUCUGACCUUAGCCAGUCAGUUGUUGAUAAUGGCUCUGACCUUAGCCAGUCAGUUGUUGAUAAAGGCUCUGACCUUAGCCAGUCUGUUGUUGAUAAUGAAUCUGACCUUAGCCAGGUUUUUGUUGAUAAAGGCUCUGACCUUAGCCAGUCUGUUGUUGAUAAAGGCUCUGACCUUAGCCAGGUUGUUGUUGAUAAAGGAUCUGACCUUAGCCAGUCUGUUGUUGAUAAAGGCUCUGACCUUAGGAAAUCUGUUGUUGAUAAAGGCUCUGACCUUAGCCAGUCAGUUGUUGAUAAUGGCUCUGACCUUAGCCAGUCAGUUGUUGAUAAAGGCUCUGACCUUAGCCAGUCUGUUGUUGAUAAUGGAUCUGACCUUAGCCAGGUUUUUAUUGAUAAAGGCUCUGACCUUAGCCAGUCUGUUGUUGAUAAAGGCUCUGACCUUAGCCAGGUUGUUGUUGAUAAAGGAUCUGACCUUAGCCAGUCUGUUGUUGAUAAAGGCUCUGACCUUAGUAAAUCUGUUGUUGAUAAAGGCUCUGACCUUAGCCAGUCAGUUGUUGAUAAUGGCUCUGACCUUAGCCAGUCUGUUGUUGAUAAUGGCUCUGACCUUAGCCAGUCAGUUGUUGAUAAUGGCUCUGACCUUAGCCAGUCAGUUAUUGAUAAUGGCUCUGACCUUAGCCAGUCUGUUGUUGAUAAUGGCUCUGACCUUAGCCAGUCUGUUGUUGAUAAUGGCUCUGACCUUAGCCAGUCUGUUGUUGAUAAUGGCUCUGACCUUAGCCAGUCUGUUGUUGAUAAUGGCUCUGAUCAGCCGAAAACAUUUUAA